AUGGCCGUCAUAGUACUUCCUACACCUUUAGAUUCUGAGUGUCUGCUGCCCAGCGAAAUGAAGGAAGACUCCAGGUUGGUUGGAAGUUCCAAAGUCACAGAAGCAGCCUUGGAGAAGUUGCAAAAUUCAGAGAAACUCAACCCACUCUUGCAUUUUGACUUGUCUCAUUGCCCCAAGCUUCCUUAUGAGAAUUCAGUCGCUUCUGUAUGCUUCAGCGGAACCAUUUUUGAGAAAAUCGACGCUGUGGCUAAAGCUGGUUUUGACAGCAUCGAAAUCAUGACUCCAGACUUGGAAGAGGCAACUCCUGAGGAGAUUUACCAAUAUUGCCAGUCUCGGAACAUAUCCAUUUCCAUUUUGCAACCAUUCCGUGAUUUGGAAGGUUACUCACAAGAGAAAUUCCAGGAGAGGUUGCGUGAGUUUGAGGAAAUGUUAAAGAUUUGUACCAUCUUACGCACUGAUACCAUCCUAGUUUGUGCUAACUGUGAUUCAGAAUCCUCAGGGGAGAUGAAUCGUGUAGUUUCCCAGCUCAAACAAAGUGCGAGAUUGGCUGCGAAAUACAAUGUCAAAGUUGCAUACGAAAACUUAUCUUGGGCAGCUCAUUAUUAUGAGUUUGGCAAGAUGGUGGAUGUGGUCGUGAAUGUUAACGAGCCUAAUUUUGGAAUCUGUGUUGAUCUCUUCCACAUCAAUAUUCACGGGUCAUCAUUGGAUCACAUAGAUCGCGUACGGAACAAGGUGUUCUUUGUACAAUUCUGUGACUCUCCCAAUAUCGUCAACAUGGAGAUAAUCCAGCAGGCAAGAAACUAUCGAGUUUUCCCAUUCGGGGGCUCUUAUACCAACAUCAUUGAAGCAUUCCACAAGGUGCAGCGGGCUGGAUACACGGGAUGUCUUUCGUUGGAAGUGUUCAACAAGCUGUUCAAAGACAAGACGGGCCAGUGUUUGGAAGUGGCGGAGGAUGCUUUCAGAAGUUUGGUGUAUUUGCAAUUGACAUGUUGUGAGGGUUACUUGCAAGAGUUGCCUAGUGUGAAUGUCACUUCGGUUUACAGAACGUUUGCAAAUGUUGGUGCGUCUGGUUUGGAAAUUGGUUUCCAGUCAGAAGCUGAUAUUGCCAACUUUAAAAUUAGAGCAGAGAAACUUUGCUACUCUCUGUGUGUUUCUUCUAUUUCUGCGGUUGUUAAGGCUUCCAAGAGCCAAGUUUUCGUCGACGUUUCUAGGAUGCUGUACAACAGAUACGCAUUGCUUUUGAAAACAGCUUUCUCGAUGCAAGAGUUAGAUUCGCAUCCAGACACAAAGGUAGAUGAGCACAAUUUGCCGGUGCAAACGAGUUUUGGGAACAAUGAGGCGGUCAUCACAUUGCGUGUAACCAACGAGUAA